AUGGAAACACGGAAAGGACGCACAAGUAGUGACUUGAAGGGGGGAACAAAAAAGAGUGAAACGAAAAAAUGUUUUACAAAGCAGGGGGCAUCCUCCCUAGGGGUUAACCAAAAAAUGAGAAAAAGUUCAAACGGAGAAGAGAGAAAAAAAGGGAAACAUUUCCCAGAGAAGGAAAAUAGAAAUUGCACCAAAAGUGAGAAAGUGGACAAAGGGGCAGUGGAAAAAGCGGCAAACGAUGUUGAGAACAAUUUAAGUUAUAAGAAAUUAAGAAAAAAAUUAAACAAUUUAAACUAUAAGGGGUCCUUAUGCCUGUCCUGUACCCCAUUAGUGCAAAUAAUUUUUGAUGAUUUGAUUCAGGCCAUUCAGAAUUUCCAAAAGCUGUCGGAUAAGUAUGAAGACUCGCAGAGGAAAUACAAAGAGUUGGUAAAUGAGAAGAAAAAGGAAAACUCUCAAUUGGAGGCAAGAGGAGGAGGGGAUGGAAAAAUCGGCAGCAAUUUGUUCUUGAGCGGGGAGUACGGAGAAGGGGACAAGACGCCUGAUCAAGUAGGUGCUGGAGUUGUCCCUGAUGAGUCAAAACAAACCGCUCAGAAUGAGCAUAGCCCAUCCACAGCAUCCAAACAGUACGAUCGCAAAAUUUCGGAAUUGUCCAAACAGGUGGAGGAGGAAUGCAAGUUGAAGGAGACGUAUAUGAAGGAAAAUAAAAAAUUGAAGUUCACCUUGGAGAUGCUACAAAAUGAAAAGAAAGACAAAUUUGGUGAAUCCACCGAGGAUGUAUCUGGUGACGACUUCUCUUCCUUUAACAACAGAACCAAAUCAUUUGACGAUUUUGAAAUUGACAAAAUUAAGAAAAAGGAAAAGGAGUUAUGUAAAAUGGGAAGCAGCCUAAUCAACGAACACACCCUAUCGUUAGGAAAAGAAUUGUCCUACUACAAGAAUUUAUGUAAAGAGUUCACACUGGAGAUAGACCGCAUGCGUAAGGAUAACGAUGGUGAGGGAAAGAAUGCGGUGCAUAAUAAUGACGGGCAGCCGCAGGAUAGGUAUCCUCCCACAGAGGGCGAAAAGAAAAGGGGUUCGACCGGACAAAAUGGGAAGGAACUUCUUGUUCCGGUCGAAAUUCUAGUGGAGGAGAAAAACAAAGAAAUAGAGCAUCUGAAGAAACGAUUAAGUGAAUACGAAAUUGAAAUCCGAAAAUUGAACGAACUGAGGAUGAUCAACGAUAUUAAGGAGCAAAAGGAGUCCAACGAUGACGAGUCCAUAUGUGAAACCGCUCCAAGUGAACUUCUCAACCGGGAGCACACGAUGUCUAACGUCGAUCCGGAUGAGGACACCCUAAGUGGGGAUGUGCAGACGAAAAAUGAAGACUCCGUUAGGAAGGACAGCAAUUUAAGCAGAAUGGUAAAAUCGAGAAACAGAGAAAUUUAUCAUCUCAAAAACAGGGUAAAACUGUUGGAGACGGAACUGCAGAUGAAGAACGAGGAGGAGAAGAAGUAUGAAAAGCUGCAUCGGGUGGGUGAUAACAGAGGUGGGGAAGUUCAAAAGGAUAGGGCCUCCAACGUGAGGGAUGAAAGUCGAUCGGGUAAUUCUAGCGAGGAAGACGAAGCGGUGACGAAGAGGAGAGGCCUUGAAAGAGAACUACACGAAUUGCACUCCGUCUUGGAAACACUCAAAGCAGAACUGAAGGAAGAAAAAAAAAAAAGCGAUAAGUAUGAAAAGAAAUACCAUGAGGAAAAAAGCGAAAUUGCCAUUCUGAAGGAGGAACUGAAAAAUUUAGAAAAACAAAUCAAAGUGAAAGAAAGUGAAUUUAAUCUGAACAAGAAUACCAUAAAUAAUCUGAAAUUGGAGUCAGCCGAAUUUAAUAACGUCAUGUCUUUUUCGAACGAAACGAAGAAACAUCUGACGGAGUAUAUUCACAAUUUGCUAAACAAGUUGAGUGAAGCAAAUGACAAAAUUGAUGAGCUGAAGGAUGGAAACAUACUACAAAAGCGGAAGAUAGAAGUCUAUAAAAAUGAAAUAAAAAAGUUAAAGGAGGAUUUGAUAGAUUCCAGCAAUCAAAUAGACGAAUUUGCAUCCCUAUUGGACAAAAAGGAUGAAGUUAUCGAAAGUUUUAAGGAAAAGCUAGAAAAUGUGAACAAACAGUAUGGAGAUCUCACCAUACAAUAUAAUGAAGUGUUAAAGGAAAAUAAGGAUUUACAGAUAAGCAAUUCAUCUCAUAAUGCAAACAGCACCUUAAUCAUUCAACAACUGCAGCAGGAAAUUCACAUGCUAAAUGUAACAAAUAGUCACUUGAAAAAAAUCGAAGAUGACUACAAAAUUAUUUUACAAGAAAAAACGAUAAUAGAAGACGCAGCAAUAAAGAUCCAGUCGGAAUUGAAAAAGUCCGUUGAUAAAAUUAAAAACUUAGAAACGUACAUACAGACGCUGUCAAUAGAGAUCGCCAAUCUGAAGACACAAAGGGAUGAUUCAUUGGAUGCACUCACCAAAGUAGCCAUCGACAAAACGCAAUACGAAAAUGAAGUCAUACAAAGCAAAAGCAUUAUACACGAUUUGAGGAAGAAACUUAGUGAAUAUGAAAACAAUGUCAAAUAUGUCCAAAAUAACAUUAGCGAAAUAAAUAAGAUGCAUCUACAGAAGAAGGAACAGGAAAUUAUCUUAAGAAAUGAAAUUAAAUCGUUGAGGGAAAAUUUAAACGAGAAAACUAUCAAGUUGGAAUUGCUCCAAGAAAAGGAAAACAAAUUCGAACAAAAAACCAUGGCGUAUAAUGAAUUCCACAUGGAAGCGCAGAAGAAAUAUAACUCCUAUGAAAAAAUGAUUCAACGGUUGAAGAAAGAAAUCGACGAGCUGACUAUAAACAAUAAUGAUAAUAUUAUCAUUAUCGAAAAAUUGAAAACCGAGCUGGACACUCAUCAGAGGAAUAAUCUGUGCGAUUUUUCGAAGACAUUUUUUCGUAGCGCAGAGGAGUUGGUACGUGUUGACGGAGUUGGUGCCCCUUCGGGAAAGGAUGCUCACAUAGACAGGGAGGGAUUCCCAAAUAGACGCUCAGAGAGUGACCCCGCAGCGGAAGAAGGCAAGGAGGCAAAAAGUGGCACACCAAAGGAAGGAUGCUACCAACUAAACUGCAAUAAUAAUGAGCACUCUAAAGAGGAAAACGAAAUGUAUGACUACGAUGACGACUUUACCAUCUUUAUAAACUCGAAUAAGAACAGUUUUGGAAAAAAAUAUAAAAAUAGCCCAGAGGACAGACAAGAAAUAAGAAUAAGGGACGAUGAAGAAGAUGGAAUUAUAGACAGUCUGAACGAGCUGCUCGAUGACGAGGGGGUUAAUGAACUCAGUUUGACCAAGAAGAAGAUGAAGGACGAUGCAAGCAACGUAGGCGACAGCAACGAAAAUGAUCACUACGAUGAGAAGUUAGGUUAUGUGGGAAGAAACGACAAAUCAGGGAAUGACCAAAGGUUGAAAGAAUCCGAGAGUUCUUCCAACAGUAGAAGUUUUAAUAUGGAUUUCCUCUCCUUCAGUAAGAAGGAGAGAAGGAAGAAGGGUGAGACAAGGGGAGGCCCGAACCGGGGCAAUGAUCAGUCGACGGUCACGUUGAAGGGCCUAACUUUGUCAGCUCUAAACAGCGCGAGUAACAAUAAUGACGACGGCGGUAAGAGCGGAAGUUGGAGGAAGGGAGAGAAAAGCUCCCACAUGGGUGGCAGCGGAAGUCGCGGCGGGAGUAGCAGCAGCAGAAGGAACAGUAAAAGAAGCAGUAGAAGCAGCAGCCGCGCCACCGUGCCCAGGGACAAACUGCGCGACAACCUGGACGAGUACUGCGGAAGCGACAACUCAUCGUCCUACCUGGGCAACCACGACGUUUCCCUGUUUAACAGCUCCAAGAUAAAAGACAUUUUCAAUUUGAAGUCUAUCAACAAGGGGGCUAAAAAUGGCCACUCCAAGGAUCAAAACAAAUCUGUGAGGGGAACGUCCCAACUGAGUGGCACAAAUAAAAACAACACAUACGACAUAAAUGGCGGCAAGUGUAAGAGGGACAAGACGACCAGGAAGGAAUCUUACGAAGAUAUCCUGUUCGACUUUAAGCCCAAUUGGUCUCUGAGAGAGGACGAGACUAGGGGGGAAGUCAUUAGUGGGGGAGGUGCAAGAAGGGGUUCGCAAAAUGGUCCAAAAAGUGGUCAGAAAAAGGAUCCACAAAAUGGUCUAAAAAAUAACCCACCGAAUGAAUAUCGUGGGGACGACUCGGAUUCCCCCCCAUAUGAUAAGACAUAUCACCAGAAGGAGAAGACGAAUAAGAUGAAAAAUAGGAAAAUUGGAAAGAAGGAUUAUCCAAGUAAAUACCCCGCGUACAACACCCACGAGGAUGAUGAAGCGGACAAUUAUGUGGACGCAGAAGGGAAAGGCCAAGAUAGUAAAUAUCGAACAAAUCAAUUACAAAAAUCGAAUUAUGACACAAAAAUUUUAAAAAAUAGCGCAGAUUAUCCUUUGAGGAAGAAGGCAUCGCGCAAAAUUACUACACUACAAAUGUCCAAAAGUAAGAAGAAGCUUAAGGACUAUCCAAGUGGAAGUAAAAAAAAGAGUGAUCUUUCUGAUUAUAAUUCCCGAAUGACCACCUCAAAGAAUAAGGAAAGCAACAGGGCAUCCCGAAACUUUAUUGGUAGACGUGGAAGAAAAAACGAGGGAGAUAAUGACAAGGACUAUUAUAACGAUGAGGAGGGGGAUAAAAGGAGUUACAAUUUUAUUUCUCAAACGAGUUACGAGGCUAAUAGUAACACUAGCAGCAUCCUGCUGAACUCAGUCAGUUCCGACUUUGCGCAGAGUGGCAGUGUAGACCAGUAUAAUCAUUCUGGUCGAAAGAAACCAAAUGAGCCAUUAAAUUAUAAAAAUUUCAAAAAGGAGUCAGAUUAUAACACCAUUUCCUACAGCUCCAACGAUUCGCAUAUUUUGAGUGGAGCCAAUAAAUUGAGAGGGCCAAUCUCCUCUUAUGGCAAAAAUGGGGGGGGAGAAAAACAUGGAAUGGUCAACAAAAUGGACCUGGUAGGAAGAACCAGUGAUAGAAGCCCGAAUGGCAACAAAAAAGAGUUAUUAUAUAGCGAAGAGGGAGGAAACAAUUCCUACAACAAUAUGAGCUCCCCCUUUGGAGAAGAAACCAAUAACAAAUUUGAGAAGGCACACAUCAAGGAAGCAGACGUGGAGAGUAAUCCUAAAAAGGAAAAAAUGAAUAAUAACCCCCCAAAUAAUCAAGAUUUGUACAAUAAAUAUAUGGGCGUUUUACAAAGUUUAAGGAGCGAAGAAAUGGAUGCAUCUGUGAACACAACGAAUAAUGUAACCAUCGAUUUAACCAACGACUUUAGCAAAACGCAGGAGAAUUCCACCUCCAUUUUGUCGUCCUCCAAAACGUUUCAGAAGGAUAGCGUGUUUAGCAAUAUAUCCAAAUUUAAAUUUAAUGAAGAGUUGCACGAGUAUAAUUGUGACCCCUUAACGAUUAUCAAACCGAUCGAGGAAUCAAACCGGGAGCCAUACUAA